UGCGCACUCCAAUUGAAAACAAUGCAUCAAAUCUAAUCGUCCGAUGCGUGCCGUCCGUCUGAUGAUGAUCUGUGUACGCCUACCUUUACUGACAACUUCGACUUGCUUCCUCUACCAGAAGAUCUAACUGAGUAUCCUGAAAUAAUCAAGGACAAAUUCUUUGCACUCACUGGUACAAGGAAAUUCCAAAGCAAAAGCGAUUGAAAUGAUUGAAAAUUCUAGGAAGAUUUUGAAAUUCACUCCUGCUCUACAGAGUUCUCUACCAGAAAUCAGAGUUUGUCAGAUUCCUAUCAGUGAAGAGAUAUGUUGCAGUGAGGCGUUCAAUAAGAAGGACAACAAUUGCGAAGUAAUCAACGACUACCAAAUCGGGAUGAUAGAUUUAAAAGAGCAAUGCAAACUUCAGUCACUUAUGAUGAUCAGAGAACCACUUUUUGAUACUGUCAGAACUAAAGAACAAUUGGGAGAUGCCCGAAGAAGAAUUUUUGGACUCUCGAGGAGUUCGCUUGUCAUACUAAAGCGGAACGUCGACGACAACGAGGUAAAGAGAAACUGGGACGAAAUUAAUCCAGACAGCUGGAACUUGUUUGACAGAGCCAAACGCGAAAUAGAACUCAUCGAGAAGUUUACAACGGAAGGUAUCUAAAACUUCCUGGAAAACUGUAUAAAAGGUGAAGCUGAGUCCCAAAGCAUGCGUAAAUUAUCUAUUGAAAUUGAAGCAGUGGCCAAUCAACAUCAAUCUUAUGACGAUCAAUAAGAUGCAGAUGCAAAUGAAGACUUGGAGGAACCCACAGUUUAGAAGUCAGUUCUCCUAGCAUUAUUUAUUAACUAUUGCUAAUUAUAAGUGUACGUUUCGAAUUAUGUUUUGUACGAAACGUAAGUAACAACAAAUUUAUUGUUAUCAAGAUAACUGAAUUAAAUGAUGAAAUAACUGUAAAGGAUAAUGUUUUAAAAUGUAAUAUCCGUAUAACAGUUUUUUCUGUAAAUUCUUCCAUUUUGAUACUAAAUCAGUACGUGCAUUUGAAUUAUAACCGAUAUUUUGCCUUGAGAACUAAGGUUUAUUUCUAAUGAACUUUAGUUAGCUAGAUCACAUCUACAUUUAGGGCCGGUUUCCGAGCUCGGGAUUUAGCUAAGUUCUAGACUUUUAACAGCAAUUUUCUGGAGUCAGAAAAUUUGCUUUUUGAAACGGGGCGUAUUUCUCAUUUGGAAAUAUAUAAUUGGAAACGUUUUUCCUUGACGAAA